AUGGCGCGUCUCGUUGUUGACCCUGUUUCACAACUCAUCGCCGGUGGCCAUCUACACGGCGUGCCUGACUCCGGCGGUGCCCCCCAAGCCGUAUUAUUAUCAAAAUUAAUCGAGUCUAUUUGUAAAUGUCAUGAACUCAGGGACCAAAAUGACAUGUGCUACGAUCUCUUUGAAGGGUACACCGGACUUCAAUCGUACGAUUGUUGGGGCAGCCUUUCAUCAAAUGCUGGAGAUUCUUUUCACGAGAAUGGAGGACAACUCAUUGCCCCUCAGCCCAUUAAGGUUGCGGACUUAAUGGAUCUCUUGGAGAAGCCUGAGGAGGAAAUGAAUAUUAUGCAUGAUUUUAUUGCAAAGAAUAUACCCCAGGCUAUGAAUAUUGUUGUAAACCCUACAAUUGGGCCAGCUGACCAUGCAUUUGCGGUGUUUGAAGAAUUGAGCGAGCUUGUAGUGAAGAUUGGCCCUGAACAGGCCUUAGCUCUGAAGUUGAUCAACAUUCUUUGGAAGAAUGGUUGUCUGUAUUUAGGACUAGUCACAGGUUUAGUUGCUUACUUGAAGGAUUCUGUUAAUUAA